GUGAAAACCAUCCGGUUUGAAAAAUGUAUCUGUCAAAGUUUGAGAAGCUAUUUUGCGUGUAUGUAUCACUGUUGACAGCGGUGAAGGCAGAUGGUUCUACAGAUGGAGCAUGUAAUAAACCAAAAUGUUUCAUUUUUGAAGAGCGUAAUGCAUCAACAGAAGUAACUGUGAGGUUUUCAGAAGGCAAGAAGGCAUCUGUAACUACAUUCUGUUUCCGAGGUCUUCCGCAGUCACUGUUACGUCUGUGGACAAACCCUGUUCUUCAUAUAUCAAGAAAAGAUAUACCUAUGAAUGAAUCAAGUAAAUACAUCACCUACUUUGGGAAUUCUGUAUCAAAUGUGGAACACAGAAGCAAGCAACCAGGAUAUGUAAUGCUACAGAGUUGGAUAUCUUCAAUGAGUCCCUUGAAACAGACUGACGAUAUUUCUCUGGAACCUUUCAACCUAAGCUGUUAUAUUAUAGAUACAAAUGUGGACUACAAAGCCAAAGUUAAAAUUAAAGCUGCUGAUCUUUGGUUCAUUGCCUUCCUGAUUGCUGGCAUUGUCAUCUUCUUCUCAGCUAAAUCAUGGAGUCAUAACACAACCCUACAUAUUGGUACAGGUGUUUCUCUCGGCAUUGUAGCAUCAGUUCUCAUUUUGGUAUUUGUCCUCACAAGAUUUUUACCAUCAAAACUAAAGAAUCUUGGGUACCUUUUUAUGCUUUUUGGAGGUUCUGUUUCACUAUGGAUGUUAACAACAUUUGGAAGCUUUUUCACCAAUCCAAUGACGGAAACAUUUGUAGAAAACUGGCAAUAUUUUUUGGGCUAUGUUAUUACUGUUGGUAUCCUGAGUUUUGCUGUGGUGUAUAGAUACGGACCAGUGACAGAUGAAAGAUCAUUGAGUUUAAUACAGUGGUUUUUACAAUUGGUGGGACUGGUGCUGGUAUAUAAUAGUACACAAAUUCGAGAAGUGUCUAUAGCAUUGAUAUUGAUACUGCUGGCUAUUUAUAACUUUCCAAGAAGGCUUUUACUAAAUGAGAGAAGCAAGAAUUGGUGGUACAGAUUUUUUCCUCCAAAGAUAAAGCUUCUAACUGAAGAGGAAUAUAUUAUUCAGGGUAAUCUAGAGACCAAGAGAGAACUUGACAAGCUACGAGACUACUGUCGUAGUCCUGAUUGCCAAGCUUGGAAAAUUAUCAGCAAACUUAAAAGCCCACAAAGAUUUGCAGACUUUGUAGAAGGCAAUUCAUGGCAUGUAACAAAUGAAGAAUUGUUGGAGUACGACUCUGGACCAGAUCCGACACCGCCACACUUGAUCAGCGAUGAAGAUGAGGAUGAAGAGGAGAUGGAUUUCAUGUUGAGCUCACCAUGAACUUGAUUCCGAAUGAUUUCUAGUCAGAUGAAAGAAAAAUGGCCUUGACAUGUUCAUGAGAAUAUUUUCCAGGAUGCAAAUUGAAAACUUGUGCUCUCUAUGGGUGGUUCAUUCAUUAGGCAGUCAGUGACAGAAGUAUAGCUUUACUGUUUAAUCCGCCUUCUCCAUAACAAGGUUUUUCCUUGACAUCUUAAAUAUAUGUCAUCAGUGCUCAUAGUAAGAACUCCAAUAGUGGUAAAAGAAUCUUAAUGAAUUUUUUAUGAAUUUUUAAUUUGUUAUCAAAAACACUUUUGAUAGAAAUUUCCACCACUUUGAACACAAAAAAACUUUCAUGAUAUGAGCCGCACCAUGAGAAAACCAAAAUAGUGCAUUUGUGAAUAGCUGGGAUCCUGACCAGUCUACGCAGACGUGCAGGCUGGUCUGGAUCCAUGUUGGUCGCAAAUACACUUAUGUUGGUUUUCUCAUGAUGCGGCUCACAUUUGUGUUCACACAUAUCAUAAAGCAACACUUAUCUACAAGUAAACAUUUAGUACAAUUUCCUAGGGGAAAAAAAUCAAAAAAUUUAUGGACUAGAAUUUUACACUGGAAAAUAUACAUUUUUAACUGUAAAGUUGAUGUAAUUAAGUACAGUAUAAAAAUUAAGUUCCUGUGAUCAUACUUGGAGAUAUUUAGAACAGUGUGAAGAAAUUCAUGAAGACUCCUGGUAUGGAUUUGAUGGAUAAAACAGUAGAUGCUUAGUGAAGCUGAUCCGUCCAUUAUAAACUCAGAGAAGUGAUAAUCUAUGUUUUAAUAGAUAUUGUUUUAUUCUUGCCGCAAAUCUUUGGCACCAAGGACACUUUAUGCUCAUGAAUGACUCCUAUUGCAAAUCCAUUAUUUUUAUAGGUUUUCUAUUAAUCAGAUUAAAUUUAUUAUAACUCACCAUGAAAGGCACUUCUUGAUUUGUCUUAUUUAGUUAAUUCUAAAUAUUUAGCUUCCAUAAACAUUAUGUUUUCUUCUAGAACGUGUACUUUUUCAACAGUUUUGAAUUAUAAGGUGCUGUGUUCUUAUGUGAGAACAUUCACAUAAUUUCUAACUGUUAAACAAAUACGCUACUCCAUUUUCACAGAAUAACACAACCUUUGCCAAAAUUCAUUUCAUUUGAUGUGUUGUGCUUUUUGUUGCAUGUUUAGCUCACCAGGAUCUAAAGGACCAGGGUCAGUCUUUUGGGAUCAUGUAGCAUUUUUCUAUCUGUAGGCAGUGUUUCUUUGGACAACUUUUUCUUCAGAACUAUAAAACGGAAUUUAAAAAAUUUGUCUGGAAUGUCAUCUCUUCGAAAGCUUACAGUUCAUGGCCCAACAUUGGUAUUGUCAACUGCACUAAAUCUCCAGCAUGUCUGUUUUAUUAGCUCACCUGUCACAUAGUGACAAGGUGAGCUUUUGUGAUCACCCGUCGUCCGUCGUCAGUCCGUGCAUGCGUCCGUCCAUCCGUCAACAGUUUCUUGUCUGCACGAUAGUGGUUUCAUUUAUGAUUUUAUUUUAACCAAACUUGCACACAACUUGUAUCACCAUAAGAUCACAGUUCCUUUCUUAAACUGGCCAGAUCCCUUUAUGGGUUCCAGAGUUAUGGCCCCUGAAAGGGCCAAAAUUAGCUAUUUUGACCUUGUCUGCACAAUAGCAGCUUUAUUUAUGAUUUGAAUUUUACCAAACUGGCACACAACUUGUAUCACCAUAAGAUCUUGGUUCCUUUCUUGAACUGGCCAGAUUCCAUUAUGGGUUCCGGAGUUAUGGCCCCUGAAAGGGCCAGAAUUAGCUAUUUUGACCUUGUCUGCACAAUAGCAGCUUCAUUUAUGAUUUGAUUUUAACCAAACGUGCACACAACUUGUACCACCAUAAAAUCUCGGUUCGUUUCUUGAGGGGCCUCCGUGGCCGAGUGGUUAGAGUCGUUGACUUCAAACCAUUUGCCCCUCAUCGAUGUGGGUUCGAAACCUCAUUUGGGGCGUAGAAUUCUUCACGUGAGGAAGCCAUCCAGCUGGCUUGCGGAAGGUCGGUGGUUCUACCCAGGUGCCCGCUCGUGAUGAAAUUGUGCACGGAGGGGCACCUGGGGUCUUCCUCCACCAUUAAAGCUGGAAAGUCGCCAUAUGACCUAAAAUUGUGUCGGUGCGACGUUAAACCCAACAAAAUAAAUAAAAUCGUUUCUUGAACUGGCGAGAUUCCAUUAUGGGUUCCAGAGUGAUGGCCCCUGAAAGGGCCAGAAUUAGCUAUUUUGACCUUGUCUGCACAAUAGCAGCUUCAUUUAUGAUUUGAAUUUAAUCAAACUUGCACAAAACUUGUGUCACCAUAAGAUCUCGGUUCCUUUCUUGAACCGGCCAGAUCCCAUAAUGGGUUCCAGAGUUAUGGUCCCUGAAAGGGCCAAAAUUAGCUAUUUUGACCUUGUCUGCACAAUAGCAGCUUCAUUUAUGAUUUGAUUUUAACCAAACUUGCACACAAUUUGUAUCACCACAAGAUCUUGCUUCCUUUUUUUCAACUGGCCAGAUUCCAUCUUGGGUUCCAGAGUUAUGGCCCCUCAAAGGUCCAAAAUUGGCUAUUUAGGCUUUUGCAGCCAUAUAGAGACUUCAUAUAUGGUUUUAUUUGGUACAAACUUCCAAAAUAUCUUCAACAACAAUAAAUCUUGAAUUCUAUGACAAAUCAGAUCCAAUCAUGUUCCAGAGUUUUUUUUUUUAUAUCCGAUUACCUCCACUGAUUGUAAUCAAAAUGGAUUUAUAUCAGUAAGUACUUACAGGACUUACUUGAAAUUUCAUUAUUGUUAUUACUUGGACUGAGACAAUCAGGGUAGAUAACUAUGGACUGAAUUUAUGUCAAAUUACCUCCCUUUAUUUCAAAUUAAAAUUGUUAUAUCUCCAUAACUAACGAAGAUACUGAUCUGAAAUUUCAUUUAUGUCAACAGAUUUAUUUGGCAGAUCGUUCUUUUGUCCACUUACAAUUAAUUUUUUUUUAAUUACUUCCAAUUUACGUUACUAUGAAUAGCUUAUUUUAGUAACUUUUUUAUUAUUGGCCCUAGGGAAAACACGACACCAGUUUUCUGUUGUACAACAUGGAUGGUACCUCCAAUUUUUAGGUGUAUUUUAACAUAUCUAUACCUUGUAAGAUUUUUUUUUUUUGGUUUAAUUCCUUCCCUUUGUUGUUCCUUUCCUUUGGACUUAGAUAUUUUUUCUGAGGACCUUCUUGUCCUCAAGUGCAAUGAUAACAGGUGAGUGAUAUAGGCCCAUCAUGGCCCUCUUGUUGAUAAUGCAAUCUGCCUAAAAAUGUCUUUAUACAGUAGGUUAUAAGCUAUUUGCAAAGAUACUGUGAGACUUUGGGAAUGCAGUAUCAUUCUGCAAGGGAAGGAGGGGUGUAUUUCUUCAGGCAGAGCUAACCAUUCUUUUGUUAUGUAUCUACUCUUACAAGUAUUAUGUAAAUGAUAUAUUUGUGAUCUUUAACCUGAAUAAGACUAAAAAUGUGGUUGUAAAUGAACUUUUUACCAUAAUGAUACACAUUAAAAUGGUGAUAAAAAAGAAGUUGUGGACUCGAAAUGAAAUUUGGAACAAACAAAAAAUUGAUAUUAAUACAUGAAAAGAGGUUAUAUGUCUGUGGAAUAAUUUCAUGAGGGCAUAGCCUGAGUGAAUUAUUCUGCUGACGUAUAACUGAUUUCGAGUGUAUUAAUUUAAGUAAAACACGAUUUUUUUAUAUUUCUAAUAUGCCCUUUAUCGAAAACAGUAGUUACUGUAAAAAUAUAGGCUUCUUGGUCGCCAGAAAGACAUUGACGUAAUCUCAUGUUAACAUGACAUCAUUUAUCUUGUGUAGGCAGUUGUUAUUUUCAGCUUGAUGCUAUAAAUUUAGAAAAGAUUAGUAACUUGAUACUCUUCAUACAGAACCACAAAUUUGUUUUUGUUGCAUUUUUAUUUUUUUUUUCUCUACAGUUAAUAGUUAAUGGUAGUAAUGAAGAAUAAAGAAGUUUCAAGUUAAAGGUUACUUAAAAUUGUAAAAGAAGAUAUUUUACCCAGUUCUUUGUAAAUGUUACAGUUCAUUUAUUGAAUUUUUUAGUUCAGGCGGCAUAUUUUUGUUUUAUCAACAAAAUUUCUUUGUAAUUUGUCAUUUACUGUUAAAACGAUAAGUCUGUUGCCAAAGAUACUUGAUAUCAUAUAAUGAGCUCUGGCCUUGCCAGCUUUCAUCUCAGAAAGGCGUUUAUUUUGUCCAUUGCUCAGUUUGUAACUCAACAUUAAUUUUGUUUGUAUGCAUGCUUGUAAAAACUAUUGUAUGAUGGGUUUGAAACUGAACGGCAUUUAGAAUAUGUUGGGAAGUCAUCCAGCUACUACUUCGCUACAGACAAAGUAAAAAGUAUGGAAGGUUAAUGGUUGUAACCAGGUGCCUGCUAGUGCCUAAAAUAAUUUGUGGACGGGCAUCUGGAAUAUCAUCCACCAUCAACUGUGGGAAAGUAGCCAUAUGACAUAUAAUUGUGUUGAAGACAUGUGAAAGAUACUUUGUUCAAACACAUGAGACAAACACUUUCUCUUGGUUUUGCAUCUUUUUCAUGGUUUUGACCAAAUUUUUUUUAAUCAUGGUGUAGUUCCGUACAAAAGGACUCCAGAUUUUUUUCAUCUUUCACUUUGAAAUUGCUGUUGUAUAAUGUUUCAACAAUUCACUGAAAAAAAACUUGUAUUAAAGGGUUGUAAUAAAUACUGAUACAUGUAGUAGUUUUCAUAGAGGGAAACAUAGGUAGUAAUUGUACAAAGAUUGUAUUUAUUGUUUUAUUAGCUCACCUGUCACAUAGUGACAAGGUGAGCUUUUGUGAUCACCCUUCAUUCGUCGUCAGCCCGUCCGUGCGUCAACAAUUUCUUGUCUGCACAAUAGUGAUUUCAUUUAUGAUUUUAUUUUAACCAAACUUGCACACAACUUGUAUCACCAUAAAAUCUUGGUUCCUUUCUUGAACUGGCCAGAUCCCAUAAUGGGUUCCAGAGUUAUGGCCCCUGAAAGGGCCAAAAUUAGCUUUUUUGACCUUGUCUGCAUAAUAGCAGCUUUAUUUUUGAUUUGAUUUUUACCAAACUUGCACACAACUUGUAUCACCAUAAGAUCUUGGUUCCUUUCUUGAACUGGCCAGAUUCCUUUAUGGGUUCCAGUUAAGGACCCUGAAGGGCCAGAAUUAGCUAUUUUGAACUGUCUACACAAUAGCAGCUUCAUUUAUGAUUUUAUUUUAAUCAGACUUGCACACAACUUGUAUUACCAUAAGAUCUUGGUUCCUUUCUUGAACCAGCCAGAUCCCAUAAUGGGUUCCAGAGUUAUGGCCCCUGAAAGGGCCAAAAUUAGCUAUUUUGACCUUGUCUGCACAAUAGCAGCUUCAUUUAUGAUUUGAUUUUAACCAAACUUGCACACAACUUGAAUCACCAUAAGAUCUUGAUUUCUUUUUAUACGCCCGAAGGCACAUAUUAUGUUAUCGCCUAGGUGUCCGUCUGUCUGUUGGUUAGCAAUUUCCCUUCAGCUCUGUAACUCUUGAAUCCCUUGAAGGACUUCAAAGAAACCUGACACAAAUGUUCACCUCAUCGAAACGACAUGCAAAGCGCAUGUUUCGGAUCCUUCUUGUCCUUAAGUGCAAUGAUAACAGGUGAGCGAUAUAGGGCCAUUUUGGCCCUCUGGUUUUCUUUUUUUGCUUGUCAUAGAGCAAAUUAUUUUAUUUAUGCACUAUGUAUAUGUUUUGUUUCAUUGUAAUUGUGAAUUUUUGCUUAAAAUAGUGAUCAGUAUUCCUGUCUUCUUUUGUUGUUAGCUCGACUAUUCGAAGAAUAGUCUAGCUAUUCUACUCACCCUGGCGUCGGCGUCGGCGUCACACCUUGGUUAAGUUUUUGCAUGCAAGUACAUACAGCUCUCAUUUAAAGGCAUAUAGCUUUGAAACUUAUUUAUUCUUUUUCUAGGUCAAUUACCAACCUCACUGGGUCAAGUUCCAUAACUUUAACAUGUAUUUUGAGCAAAUUAUGCCCCCUUUUGGACUUAGAAAAUUCUGGUUAAAGUUUUACAUGCAAGUUACUAUCUCCAAAACUAAUGCAGAUAUUGAAUUGAAACUUCACGUGUCUUCGGGGUUAUAAAACUAGUUGAUAGCACCAAGUCCCAUAACUCUGACCUUCAUUUUGGCCAAAUUAGGCCCCCUUUUGGACUAAGAAAAUUCUGGUUAAAGUUUUGCGUGUAAGUACAUACAGCUAUUACUAAAAGGCAUAUAGAUUUGAAACUUAUUUUUUCUUUUUCUAGAUCAAUUACCUACCUCACUGGGUCAAGUCCCAUAACUCUGACAUGUAUUUUGGCCAAAUUAAGCCCCCUUUUGGACUUAGAAAAUUCUGGUUAAAGUUUUGCUGCAAGUACAUACAGCUAUUACUAAAAGGCAUAUAGAUUUGAAACUUAUUUUUUCUUUUUCUAGAUCAAUUACCUACCUCACUGGGUCAAGUCCCAUAACUCUGACAUGUAUUUUGGCCAAAUUAUGCCCCCUUUUGGACUUAGAAAAUCCUGGUUAAAGUUUUACAUGCAAGUAACUAUCUCCAAAAGUACUACAGAUAUUAAAUUGAAACUUCACAUGUGUCUUCUGGGUUAUAAAACUAGUUGAUAGCACCAAGUCCCAUAACUCUGACAUGUAUUUUGGGCAAAUUAUGCCCCCUUUUGGACUUAGAAAAUCCUGGUUAAAGUUUUGCGUGCAAGUACAUACAGCUAUUACAAAAAGGCAUAUAGCUUUGAAACUUAUUUAUUCUUUUUCUAGGUCAAUUACCAACCUCACUGGGUCAAGUUCCAUAACUCAUAACAUGUAUUUUGAGCAAAUUAUGCCCCCUUUUGGACUUAGAAAAUUCUGGUUAAAGUUUUACAUGCAAGUUACUAUCCCCAAAACUAAUGCAGAUAUUGAAUUGAAACUUAACAUGUUUCUUCAGGGUUAUAAAACUAGUUGAUAGCAUCAAGUCCCAUAACUCGGAUAUGUAUUUUGGUCAAAUUAUGUCCCCUUUCGAACUUAAUACUCUUUUGAUAUUUAACAUUUUGGGUAAUAAUUUCCUGCUUCUGUGACAAUAUUUCGAAUAGUCGAGCUUGGCUGUCUUACGGACAGCUCUUGUUUUAGAAAAAUGUUACAUUGUCAAAGGUCUGUCCUUGCUCCAUCCUUGUCCAAUGUUAAAAUGUAACACAGUUCAGUUUUGGUACUAGUGGCAAAAUUUAAAAAUAUAUUACAAAGCUCUGUAUGGCUUACAUAGUGGUGUUCUUAUAAAUAUGCUUAUUUCAUAUAAUGUUAAAUACAAAUGUAUAAACAAAAAAGAUUUUUAUCAAAGUAAAAUGUCUCCAUACCUACCCUGCCUUUAGUUGUCCUAGUUAGGGAGAGAGACAAGAGAUAUUUUUAAGGCUAACCAUAUGGGACUGUAUAUUGGACCUCUGAUAGAUAAGAAAUAUAAACUGAGAGAUUAGAAAAUCUGCUGUUUUCUGGUCUUAUUUAGCAAUGUAUUUAGCAGAUUUAGGUUUGUUAGAGAGAAUGGCUUUUUAGACUUAUGAUUUACUAGAAAAUUAAGAAAACCUGAAGAAAAUUUUAGAUAGUAUUCAACUCACUUGAUACCAUAGUGCUAUUAGUUAGCUUAUAUAUUUAAUGAAUAUGAGAUUUUCUUAAUAAUUGCAAAGAAUUUUAUUAAAAAGAGAAAACAAUUUAUAAAUGUUGUGCAUUGUAUUACCUGAAUAUUAUAACAUAUUUGCACUGGAAACUCUAACCUUCAGCGGAAAUGAAAAUAUCUUUUCAUUUUAACUACCUGUAUUUGUGUAUCCAUGUGCUAGUGUUUUAGUGUUUACAUUAAGCAGUAUCCUUCCAGAAAGAACUGUUUAAGUAGGCUGAUGUAUAAAUUGAUGUUCAUUUUGAAAACUUUUACAUUUAAAGUUAUGUUUUUAUCACAAUAAAACUAGAAAGUGUUA